AUGGCGCAUUUAGCUGCUGAACGCUUGUCAGCAAACGUAAUUAUGUUUCGAUAUAAACAAGAUUGGCAAACCAGCAUGCAUUUAGGAUCCUUAUGCACGGGAGAUAUCAAACGGAGAAGAAAAGCUGCACCUUUGCCUGGACCUACUACAGCAGGAUUUGUAGGUGAAAAUGCUCAGCCAAUCCUCGAAAAUAACAUUGGAAACCGAAUGCUUCAGAAUAUGGGCUGGACACCUGGGUCAGGCCUUGGACGAGAUGGCAAGGGGAUCUCUGAGCCUAUUCAAGCCAUGCAGAGGCCAAAAGGAUUAGGACUUGGAUUUCCUCUACCAAAAAGUACUCCUGCAACUGCUACCCCCAAUUCAGGAAAAUCCACCUGAGAAGAAAAGCAAAGAAGAAAUGCUUUGCAAAUUUUACUCACUGUACCCCAUUGUUCUAAUAUUACAACAUGGCUUCUGUUUUUGAAGCAGAAAUCUACAUUGCCUCAAACUUGUCACUAGCUUUCUACCUGCAUACAGUCCUGCCAGAGUGAGAGAAAUGGGAUUUCAUCACAAUUCAUGGUGCUAAAGUGAAAAUCUCUAUCCAUUACAUUUUUUCAGUAGUUUCAAGCUAUUUCUAGGUAUAAAGAGCAGCUCAUUUCUCUUAUUUAUUUUAAUCUCAUAUGUCAAUACUUUCUAAUACUUUGCUUGAUUCAUGUAUGUGUACGAUUUUACCUAGGCAAAUGUGAGCACACCCAUAGGUUUCUAAAAUAGGAUAGGCAGGAAAGGAUUGUGUUUCAUAUCAUCCCUAUAUAUUGUAACCCAAAUGACCUAUCAUGACAUCAAUGAAGUCCUCAGCAGAUCUUUGUUUGAAAGCCUUGACAAUUUCAUAUUCCUUGAAUUUGGCUUUUUUGUGAGGAUUCUCUAACAGAGUGAUGUCCAUUAAUUUUCUAUCCUUGGACAGUGUAGUGUGAAGUUUGCAGUUGACAAACAGCAAUUAAUGUUUCUCUUGGACAUUGUGACAAAAAUAAACCUCAUCAUUGUUA